ACGAUCGAUUGCGGUGUAGGAGUAAAUUACGCAUUAAGUAAAACGUCCCACGAUCAUCUUCGACACGUCAAAUUUAAAUAACGUUGGCUUAUUCGAAUGACAACGAGUGAAUUUAUCUAUGGAGACUCGAAGUAGAAGACAAGGCUGCAAGACAGCAUUUGUGACAGUGGGAACGACACAGUUUGACAAGCUCAUAGAAACAAUGUGUGAAGAAGAAACCCUAAAGUGCUUGAGCAAGCUGGGCUUCACAAAGUUGAUUUUACAGCAGGGCAACGGGAAGUUUGAUCCUAAGUCUGGGACUCUACAUGGGCUGACGGUGGAGCACUACCGCUUCAAGCCAAGCAUCAGACAGGACAUAGAGGAGGCAGAUCUUGUCAUCAGCCAUGCAGGUGCAGGCAGCUGUUUAGAGACGCUUGAGGCGGGCAGGAAGUUGUUGGUUGUGAUCAACGAGGGACUCAUGGGAAACCACCAGCUGGAACUGGCAUACCAGCUCCAUAGAGACGGUCACCUGCACUAUUGUAACUGCAGUAACCUGGUUGCUACACUGGAAACCAAGAAUUUUGAUGAUCUGAUGACAUUUGUUCCUGGAAGGUCGCAAGUGUUUGCAGAUUAUCUAGAUAAACUGAUGGGAUUUACAUAAAGCUAUGUUUAGUGUUACAUGAUCUAAGCUUUAAGAAUUUCUAAUCAACCCCAUGUGCAAUCAUGACCAAUGAUGACACCCAAAUAUCAUUGAUGAAUUUGUUAAUAGUUUCUGCAUGUGGGCAUUUAUAGAUUGACAGAACACUAUGUUCACUAUUUGUUGUUUGUAUUUAAGAAUUGAGUGAUCAUUUAAAUAGUUCCAUGCAUUUAUUAAUAAAAUACCUCAUUGCCCAGUUUUUUUAUAACAUUUAGUCAAAAAGAAAUUGUUCUUCCAUUAUGACCAGGAUAUAUUAAUAUUUUGAAAAAAAAGCAUACAAUUGUUAUCUAUGUCUUAUAUUUUACACAUCUUUGCUUUGCAUGAAAUUUCAUUUAUACAACUGUAUAAACAUAUGAAUAAAUCAACCAAUUAAAUAAAGAUGCAAACAGUUA